AUGAGGACCAUCGAUAGCGCCAGGCAGUGGUGGCCGCUGCUCGACAAGUUCAACACUCUUGAAGACCUGAAAGAUGCCGUGAGACACUCUACGGGGAGACAUGAGAUAACCACAGGGCUGCGGUCUGUGUGCUGGAAGGCAUUUCUGCUUUUCGAGAACGUCGAUCGUUCAACAUGGCCGACUCUCUUGAAUGACUCAAGAGACGCCUAUAACUCCUUGCGCGCCCACUUUCUCCGGGCUAUUGAGCACCCUGACGAGCUGGAGUCCGCCGGGGAUCCUUUAAGUGAGACCGACGAGUCACCAUGGGUAGCCCUCCGCAAAGACGAAGAACUACGUGCCGAGAUCUUCCAGGAUGUCGAGCGGUGUAUGCCAGACAACACGUACUUCCGGCAACCAACGACUCAGAACAUGCUACUUGAUAUCUUGUUCAUCUUCUGCAAGCUCAACCCGGACGUUGGUUACAGACAAGGCAUGCAUGAAGUGCUGGCACCUGUUCUUUGGGUUAUCGAGAGAGAUGCUGUCAGCUCCACGACCGAACGUCAUGCAGAAGGUGAUAAGGGUGAACUCCUCCGCGCAAUGUUUGACGCCGGCUACAUCGAGCACGACACAUUUACCCUGUUUGGCCUCAUCAUGCAAAACGCGAAGGCUUUCUAUGAACCUGGCUCAACCGCGCGGACUGCGAAGAUUGCCUCUUCGACAGAAUCCCCGAUGCUGAUACGCUGCCGCCGAAUCUUCGACCAGCUACUACCUGCUGUAGACCCUGGUCUUGCCGAUCACCUAAAAGAAAUCGAUGUUGUUCCUCAGAUCUUCUUAAUGCGAUGGAUCCGCCUGCUCUUCGGUCGAGAGUUUCCAUACGACGACGUACUCGCUGUGUGGGACUUGCUCUUCGCUGAAGACCCGACGCUAGAUUUGGUUGACCUGAUAUGCGUAGCGAUGCUCUUGCGGAUACGAUGGCAGCUCAUCGAGGCUGACAACAGUACCGCACUGGGAUUCCUCCUCCGAUAUCCAGUACCACAACCGCCGCGGAGCCCGCAAACCUUCGUUGAGGACGCUGUCUAUCUCCGGCGAAACCUUGACACCAAUGGUGGAAGCCGUCUUGUGGCUAAGUACACUCAACGGCCACUACCUUUAGUCAACCUUCUGGAUCAACGGUCAAUGACCCCUGAGCGUAAAAACAACAGGAGUCCUUCAAUCCGACCGCUUUCUCCUUUUGGUUCGCCUGUAAGAAUUGUGCCGCAGCCUACGAAUUUCGAGUCUUUGCUCUCUAAUGCCGCACGUAACAUGUACAAGCGCGGCGAGGAAUUAGGCCUCAACAAGGCUGUUCGGGAUGCAGUGGGCGAAGUCCGGAAAAACGUACAAGGUCUGCAGAGUGCGCGCAACUCGCCGCGUCCGAAGCAGACAGCGGCCACGUCACUCAGCUCCCCGGAAGGAGCAGAUGCGCUGAGCCGCAUCACAGCUCUCGAGGAACGCAACAAAAGUUUAGCAAGGAUGCUGCAACUUGCAGUAGCCGAGUUAUGGGAGUGCCAGAAAGAGACAGCGGAGCUGAAAGAAGCACCUAAGGGAGCUGUUGAGAAGCUAAGCAUAGCCAUCGCGAAAGUACAGUUCGCGCAGGUGUAUCUCGAAGAUUCGACCAUGCCUUUGCCAUCCGAUGAGUCGUCAACGGAGCAGGAUGCUACUCCGACCGACCCGGCUUCAAAGCCACAGCAACCAGACAAGGAGCGAAGCGAGCCGGAAACACCCAGUGACAAACGACGCGAAAACAGCACAGAAGAUGCUGCGGGACGCGCCAAUGACCCCCCAGCGGUCAGAAUCACAGAACCAUCACCGAACUCAUCCGCAGAAGCAAACACCGAAACCUCAACUCUUUCGCAAGCGCCGUCGAACCGAGAAAGCAAACGCACCGUAGCAGGCGCAGGCCGACCAUCACGAACAGCUCCCCGAUCACCACCUCCAAACUUCAACCAGUCUCGUCCCUCGUUAGCUCACUCAUCGUUCUCAUGGAUGCUCGGCCAGGACGAGCGACCUGCUGUAGCUCCGGCCGCAACAUCAUCGUUCGCUUCUAGGCAGCGGCGCGCCGUCGUUGGGAAAGGCUUUCUGUUUGGCGAUCCGGAAGGGGAGGCGGUGAAGACGGAUGGAAAGGGGGCUGUUGAGCGGCGGGAGGAGAUCUUUGAUAUGGAUAAGUUGAGGAGGGGCGGGGGGCACGAUUAA